UUGCGUAUGCGUAAAAAUCAAAAUCAUUCAAAACGUGAAUUCGAUGUGUAUUCUUGCUAUUUGUAAUAGGAUUUAGGUGUUAUUGGAUAUAACGUAUUAGUUCAAACUCUUCAGAAUGGCUGAAGAUCUUGACGUGGAGGCUAUGCUAGAAGCUCCUUAUAAUAAAUCGGAUAACAAUUCCUCAUCAAAGCAUCGGGACAAGUACUCUGAUAAGCACAAAGAUAAGGACCGGGAGAGCAGUCGAAGGCGCAGCAGAUCAAGAGAUAGAAGAAGAUCCCGCGACAAGGACUCUCGACGUUCAAAAGACAGGGAAGACAAGAGAGAUAAGGAUCGUGAAAGGGACCGCAGUGGGCGUAAAGAUCGUGACAGAGAGCGCGAUAAAGAUCGUGAUAAAGAUCGCAAUCACAAAGACAAGGAGCGAGACAGAGAUAGGGAUCGCGACCGUGAACGCGAACGCGACCGAGAGAAGCGCCGCAGCAGCAAAGACAGAGAGCGCAGUCGAGACCGAGAUCGGGGUCGCAGCCGUGAGAAAUCACACAAGAAAGAAAAAUCUGUAGAGAAAGAAAAAGAUGUACGAGAAUACAGAUCUAAAUCUAGAGGUACAGAGCCAAAACUUGAAGAAUUGCCGCCGGAAGAAAGAGAUUUACGCACUGUAUUUUGUAUGCAACUAUCUCAAAGAAUCAGAGCUAAAGACUUAGAGGAAUUCUUCUCCUCUGUUGGUAAAGUAAGAGAUGUGAGACUCAUUACAUGUAACAAAACUAGAAGAUUUAAAGGGAUUGCUUAUAUCGAAUUUAGAGAUGCUGAAUCUGUGCCAUUGGCUCUUGGAUUAACAGGACAAAAGCUGCUUGGCGUUCCCAUUAUAGUUCAACAUACUCAAGCUGAAAAAAAUAGAGUAGGCAACACUCUGCCUAACUUAGCACCAAAGACAAGUAAUGGGCCAACCAGGCUUUAUGUUGGAUCAUUGCACUUUAACAUCACAGAAGACAUGUUGAAAGGCAUAUUUGAACCUUUUGGGAAAAUAGAUCAUAUCCAACUCAUGACUGACCCUGAAAGUGGCAAAAGCAAAGGAUACGGCUUUUUGACGUUCCAUCAUGCUGCAGAUGCGAAAAAGGCUAUGGAGCAGUUAAAUGGGUUCGAGUUAGCGGGAAGGCCCAUGAAAGUAGGAAACGUGACCGAACGCACUGACGGAGGCUCAAGUACGCGGUUUGAUGCCGAUGAGCUGGACAGAGCUGGAGUUGAUUUGGGCGCUACAGGUCGUUUGCAACUCAUGUUUAAAUUGGCAGAAGGAACCGGAUUGCAGAUUCCACCAGCCGCAGCGUCAGUCCUCAUGGGCAGUGGUUCGGCGCUAGUGGCCCCACAACCCCAGGUGGCGCCUCCCAUUGCCACCCAAUGUUUCAUGCUCAACAACAUGUUUGACCCUUCCGGCGAAAGCAACCCUAACUGGGACAUCGAAAUCAGGGACGACGUAAUCAGCGAGUGCAACAAGCAUGGCGGCGUGCUCCACGUGUACGUCGACAAGGCCUCGCCACAGGGCAACGUGUACUGCAAGUGCCCCACCAUCGCCACGGCGGUGGCGUCGGUGAACACGCUGCACGGCCGCUGGUUCGCGGGCCGCGUCAUCACGGCCGCCUACGUGCCGCUCGUCAACUAUCAUUCUCUUUUCCCCGACGCUAUGACUGCGCUCACGCUGUUGCUGCCGAGUCGAGCGCGAUAAGCGUUUACUAGUGGACGACCUAGAGUAUUUGCUACUUUGUUAUUAUUAUGGUGACAACGUUAUUAUAGUUAAUAAAGUGUACAAGUAUGGA